UUCGCGGAGACCGGUUGUGCAGCGGACGUCGUGGCCGUUUCGAUUCAAAUUCAAAUCCUCAAAAUUCGAACAAGUAAACAACGAAAUAUUUUUUCUCUCUGCGGGUGCAUUCGAAAGAUUAUCGUCGUGUUUAUCGUGAAUUGCUUGUAUGGAAACAUUCGUUAAUGAAUAUUGUUUUUUUAAGUAAUAAAAAAAAACUUAAAAAUAAAUAAAAUAAGAGACAUCUUUUUAAUAAAGUUAAGAAACAAAAUCUACGUUUUUGGAUCAAAGUGUGAAAUUUUCAAAAUAAAUUUGAAUAAAAGUGCAAAAAAAUAAUUAAAAACCAAAGAACGAACAUAAGAAAGAGUUUCGAAAGUAUCAAUCUAAUUUGAGCCAAACAGUGAAGUUUAAAGAUCCAAAGCAGUUAAAUUUCGUUUGAAGAAUUGUUCCAGAAAGAGAAAAUAUUCAAUAUUUCAACUUAAAUGUGAAUAAACUGUGCGAUUUGUGAAAUAAAAGAUCAAAUACUGAAAUUUAAACUGAAACUGAGACGUUAAUUUCAGAUAAAAGUACCAGAAAUAUUUGAUACCAAAAGUAUUAUUGAAAUACUUGCACAUUAAAUUUGAACUUAAAGUGAAUUUCAAAAAAAACUGUGCAAUAAAAAGUGAAAUACGGAAAUUACAGACUCUAAAUAAAAUAAAUCCUUACUACCAGAAGUGAAAAGCCGUGGAAAUCAUUUGCCAAACAUGCUCCUCCAGUGUCCCAAUCCCCACUAAGUGACCAAAAUUCAAGACCCAGAGAGACCAGCGGAGAUCUCAAAACUCAAGCGAAAUCGCAUCGCGUUCCUUCGGAGGAAAGCAUCUGCUGAAAUGGAGGACGAGCUACGUUGUCCCACCUGCAAGCAGCUGUACGCCAAUCCCGUGCUGCUGCCCUGCUUCCACGCCCUGUGCCUGGGCUGUGCCCUGGACAUCCAGACUCCGUACACGCCGGGAGUGGCUUUGGCCGUGAGCGGGGGAUCGGGAUCCAACCCCAACGGCGGACAUAACGGACUGCACAGCCAGGUGAACGGUGGCCCCGGAUCCGUAUCUGGCGGGGGAACAGCCAACGGUGUCGCCAACGGAGCAGGGCCGGGCACCCGUCACAGUUCCCACAGCUCGGCCGCAAGCACGGCCAGCUCCAACACGGGCAGCGAGAGCGUCACCUCCGACCAGGACCAGUCCGACAAAGUGAGCAUCUUCAGUGAGGCCGACUCCGGCGUGGUCUGCUGCUCGAACACAUCCCGCCCGGUCUCGUACGCCGGAACCGGACAGCUCCAGGGAUUGCUCCAGGGGUCCGUGGUCGCGCCACCCGGCGCCGCCUACUGCCUCACCUGUCCCCUGUGCCGGAAGCUCGUGUUCUUCGACGACGGCGGAGUCCGCAAUCUGCCCACCUAUCGCGCCAUGGAGGCCAUCGUGGACCGCUUCUGCGCCCGCGAGGCGCUGCGCUGCCAGAUGUGCGAGACAGACCCCAAGGUGGCCUCGCUGAUCUGCGAGCAGUGCGAGAUUCGCUACUGCGAGCCCUGCCGGGAGCUCUGCCACCCGGCUCGUGGGCCCCUGGCCAAGCACACGCUGGUCAAGCCGCGCGGUGCCGCCCAGCAGCGGGAGUCGGUAUGCGGCGAGCACGAGGAGACCCUCUCCCAGUACUGCCUCAACUGCAAGAUCCCGGCCUGCGGCCAGUGCAUCGGGGAGCAGCGUCAUCAGACCCACGAGGUGCAGUCUAUUAACGUGACUUGCAAGGCUCAAAAGACGGAGCUCUCUCACAAUCUGCAACAAUUGUCGGAGAAGGCACGUUCCACAACCGAAUUCAUCCAGCGCCUUAAAGGCAUGAGCGACAAAGUGACGGAAUCCUGCAUGGAAUUCGAGCGUCUGGUGCACGCCCAGUGCGAGGCCCUCAUCCAGGCCAUCCACGACCGACGCGAGUAUUUGCUGGAGGCCAUCCGCAUGGACAAGGAUACCAAAAUCAGGAUACUGAAGGAUCAGCAAUCGAACUGCACUGGCAAGCUGCAGCAGACCACAGGGCUCAUCCAGUUCUGCAUUGAGGCGUUGAAAGAGACUGACAGCGCCGCAUUUCUCCAGGUUGGUUCUAUGCUCAUCAAUCGGGUGGCGAACACGGACAUGACCUGGCACCAGGAGGUCACCAAUGCAGCGCCGCGGGUUUCUCCCAUCGUGGACUUGACGCUAGACGACGCCGCCCUGGCACGGGCCAUCGACAACUUGAACUUCAUCCAAAUGAAAGCCCUCAAAGACGGAGAUGAAAGGUGUCCGGCAGCACCCAUGACGCCAACCAUUUUGCCGACGGAUUGUUCAGCGGAAAAUAAUUCCGUCACAGUUGCGUGGCAGCCACCGAAUCAUUCCACCGUCGAGGGCUAUGUCCUGGAACUGGACGAUGGAAGCGGCGGAGAGUUUCGAGAAGUCUACUGCGGCAAGGAAACAAUUUGCACCGUCGACGGUCUUCACUUCAAUUCAAUGUACAAUGCCCGGGUGAAGGCCUUCAAUAGCGCCGGAGAGGGUGAAUACUCGGGGCUGAUUGGACUGCAGACUGCCGAAGUGGCCUGGUUCACGUUUGAUCCAGUUCUGAGCGGCGGCGCCGGCUCUGGCUUAAUCUUUAGCAAAAAUAACGCCACCGUCAGCGUCGAGGGCUGGGAGCACCGGGUGGCCCUUGGCUCGGUGGGCUUCUCCCGCGGCGUCCACUACUGGGAGUUCACCAUCGACAACUACACGGCGGACACGGAUCCGGCAUUUGGAGUAGCACGUAUCGAUGUGGCGCGGAACAAAAUGUUGGGUAAGGACGAGAAGUCCUUUGCCAUGUACAUCGAUCGCCAGCGCUCCUGGUUCCAGCACAACUCCAUCCAUGAGCGACGCGUCGAGGGAGGCAUCACUACGGGAAGCACCAUCGGGGUUCUUCUCGAUCUGGAGCGGCACACACUCAGCUUUCUGGUGAACGAAAUGCCGCAGGGAUCGGUGGCGUUCCGGGAUCUGUACGGGGUGUUCUACCCGGCUGUAAGCAUUAACCGUGGAGUCACCCUGACUAUGCACACGGCCAUGGAUGCACCCAAGAUGGAUUACUUUUAGGUCGUAUGCCAUAUAGAGGAGUAGCGAAUUGUGUACAUAUAGCUUGGCGUUCAGCAGUUAUCGGUGUCUACAUAGCGUAUAAACAGACCUUACAAAUAUGAACAUUUUACUCAUGCAGCUUACAAUACAUACAUAUAGUCGUAUGUGUAGUUUCGGGCAAGGUUCAGCGACAUAUCUCCCUUUAUUCGUAUCUCUACUCGUAGUUUUAUGCAAUGUUUGUAAAACGCUGCGCCACACGGGGAGUGAAUUAUUCAAAAUAAUUGAAAACAACCAGCGGUAAUUUUAUGUAAAAUAUAAUAAUAAUCUUCGAUGUUUUUCAGUGAAAAC